GUUUAAAAAAAGGUGCUGAUUUUCUCAUUUUGCACCCGGAAAAUCUGGCAACGUCACGGCAUACCUCGGAGCUUCAAGCAGGAUGCGGUUUCCUAUAUAUAAUGGGCAAAAGUUCUUCCUCAAGCAGACUUUGCUGCACGCUUAAGCAAGAAGGAUGUUUGGCAAAACGGCUUUUAUUGUGGCACUGACCUUGUCCUCCGUGGCACUAGCCCUCCCGGGACGUCCUUCGUCCUUAUACCAAGCCCCAGCCAAGGGAUCAGGGGGCGCUCCCCUUGUCCUCGGAAGCGGUGGUGCUCAUGGAGGAGGAGGAGGAGCUGGUCUAGCGGGAGGGGCCGGUCCUGUCGGAGGGGCUAGUCAUCUCCACACUACAGGUGUAGCUGGAGGAGCUGGCUCUCUUGGCACUGCAGGUGGUAUUGGAGGUGUUGACCACUUAGGAGGCACAGGAGCUCACGCCGGAGGUGCAGGCUUAGCUGGAGGAGUUGGAGGAGUUGGCGGUCUUGGCACUGCAGGUGCAGUUGGAGGAGUAGAUCACGUUGGGGGCGCAGGUGUUCACGCUGGUAGUGCAGACUUAGCUUCUGGAGGGGCUGGUUCUCAUGGCGCCGCAGGUGUUGUAGGAGGAGUUGAUCAUUUAGGAGGGGCAGGUGUCGCUGGAGGUGCUGGAACUCUACAUGCUGGUGGUUCUCUUGGAGGUGCAGGUGUCGGAGGUGGAGUUGACCAUCUAGGAGCUGGAGCAGGUGUUGGAGCAGGCCAUCUUGGAGGUGCAGGUGUUGGAGCAGGCCAUCUUGGAGGUGCAGGUGUUGGAGCAGCCCAUCUUGGAGGUGCAGGUGUUGGAGGAAGCCAUCUUGGAGGAGUAGGUGUUGGAGCUGACCAUCUUGGAGGAGGAUCAGGUGUUGGAGCAGGACAACUUGGAGGAGGAGCAGGUGUUGGAGCAGGUGUUGGAGCAGGCCAUCUUGGUGGAGGAGCAGGUGUUGGAGCAGGCCAUCUUGGUGGAGGAGCAGGUGUUGGAGCAGGCCAUCUUGGAGGAGCAGGUGUUGGAGGUGUUGGAGGUGUUGAUCAUGCUGUGGGUGCUGGAUUUCCAGGAAGCACUGGUGUAGUUGGAGGAGCUGGUGCUGUUGGAGGCGCAGGUGUUGUUGGAGGUGCAGGUGUAGGCGCUGUGGGUGGAGGAGUCAGCACUGAUUACGACCCAGCCCACUACCCAGACAUCGUUCCAGGAUUCCCAUUCCAGACCUCUUACCCUGGAAAAGGAUUUGGGGGAUGUGCCAACUGGUGCCGCAGCUCAGUCAAGAAGAACUACUACUGCUGCACCAGAACUUCUUACAAGGGAUAAACCACUUGACUCCUUUUGUUGACUUUUAUUGACAAGUUUUUCAGUCAAUGAAACAAAAAAUAAACAAAAUUCUUAA